AUUGUUGCUACGAGAGUAUUCCGAUUGGUAAGAAUCUCUGGAAUUUGAAUUUGACUGGAUGCUGCAAAAUCGGGUUAUUUUCGCGCUAAGAAUAUCCGACCAGCUGGGUUGCUCGCCAUCAGUGAUCUCGUUUUGACUUGCCACAACUUAUAGGCACGCUUAUAACCUAGAAUUAGUGAUCUCACCGUAAACAAUAAUCAGCUGAUAAUUCUCCAAAUCAAGGCAGUUAUUAAAGAGCGCGAGAGACACAGCGUUAAAUAUACUUGUCAACCAAAAAUAUUACAACAGAAGUGGAAGAAUAGCAGAACCUUUGAAGAGUUAAAGUUUCUACAGACGAUUCGGCUAUGUUUGGACGUGUAAUACCUAGCAAUUUGCGGGGCAUUUCGCUCUUGUCGAGGGUUUGGAGCGGACCGAACGGUGCACUUGCAGGAAAGGAGUCUGAGCAGAGAAUGAUCUCUAUACUCAGAGAUAGAUUUCCCAAAGCAAAACUCAUCGAAGUUACAGAUGUUUCUGGAGGGUGUGGAGCAAUGUUCGAAGUAAAUGUGGUUGCCCCAGAAUUCAAAGGUCUUAAUACAGUUAAGCAACAUCGGCUUAUCAAUGAGAUUCUUAAGGAGGAAAUCAAAGACAUGCAUGGUAUUCGUAUACAUACUAGCGUCCAGGAUGUUUAGCCUUUGUUAUUGAUAAAUUAUUUCGAAUGUCUCUGAUAUUCUGUUAGCUCUAUUUAUAUGAGUAUGGAAAAGGAAGAAAAAACUUGGUAUUUGGCCGAAAAAUGACAUAAUGUUGCAAAUCAUAGGUCAUGUCGAUGAUAUUUCUGUAGCAUAAUAAAUUUCGAUCAUUACGAA